GCUUGUUGGACCAUCCUGAGUGCUGAUGGUGCCCAGCAGGUUCGCCAAGACUGCGAUUCACAAACUUCACCGGAUUAAAGCCAUGUCCGAGUUCCGGGGAAGGCGGGUCCUAUCCGCGAGGCAGUGGAUCCACCCAAGCUGCGCAAAACCUGAGGCGUCACUGAAAUCGUCAACUCAACACCCGAUAACGAGCCCACACCCCCCUAUCGACGAGUCGCGACCGCGCCCCGAUCCCGCCCACACGUCUCCCAUCAAAGCCGGACUCUUUGUUCUCUUCACUCCUUUCCCAUCAGUCGAGCACGACCGAGUCGCCCAGCAAGAGGAAGAAGCUGCGCUUCGCCUUUCCCCGAGACCGCGCCGUAUCGACAUCAUAUAUAACCCGCAUCCAAAAUGGACCACACGCGCGACCCCUGCCCAUGGGUGAUUCUCAACGAUUUCGGCGGCGCUUUCUGCAUGGGUGCAAUCGGAGGCACAAUAUGGCACGGAAUCAAGGGUUACAGGAAUAGCCCGUACGGAGAGCGGCGGAUAGGAGCUAUCACGGCGAUCAAGAUGCGCGCUCCGGUCCUCGGCGGCAACUUCGGUGUGUGGGGUGGUCUAUUCAGCACAUUUGACUGCGCGGUCAAGGGCGUCAGGAAGAAGGAGGACCCCAUGAACUCUAUAAUCGCCGGGUUCUUCACAGGUGGGGCGCUCGCGAUCCGAGGCGGAUACAAGGCGGCACGGAACGGAGCGAUAGGCUGUGCUGUGUUGCUCGGCGUGAUUGAGGGUGUCGGCAUUGGAUUCCAGAAGAUGUUUGCUGGAGCCACAAAGCUGGAGGCUCCCGUACCCUCGAACGAACAAGUUCUUGCAUAAAAUAGGUAGCGGCCAGACGAUUUCAACUCUUCUCAACUCUUCACCCGGAGCUCGUCACCAGAGUUAGGGCGUGUAUUUUUUUCCUACGCAUUCAUGACGGUCAGCAUUUCGGGUUGGCGGCGUUCCAUGUAACAUAG